UGCUGGCACCUUUAUACUAUGAAUAAUGUAAACGGGAUUUCUUGCUGACAAGGCCAGUCGACACAGAUGUUUAUUGAUACGAUACCCUGUUGAAGGAUGUUUGAAGCGCAAGUGGCAUACUAUCUCAACAAGUACUUAGGGCAGUACCUACAAGGUUUAGAUGCUGACUCUUUGCGCAUUUCGGUUUGGCGCGGCGAUGUGGAGCUUCGAAACUUGUCGUUGCGGCCAGAGGCUCUUCAGGAUCUUGAUCUGCCUGUUACGGUCAAGGCAGGCCUCCUUGGGCGGCUGACCCUCAAGGUCCCCUGGACAGCGCUAGGCCGUGAGCCGGUGGUUGUGGAGUUUGACCGACUCUACAUCCUGGCAUGCCCCAAAGACCAGACCCCCGGACAGGCGACCCAGGUGAAUGUGUCCCAGUACGAGGCGGAUGUGGCGGCGGGGGAGCUCGAGGCCAAGCGGAGGAGGGUGAUGGAGGCGGAGACGCAGUGGCUGCAGUUUAUGUGGGGAGGAGGACGCGGUGGAGCGAGUGAGCCCCCCUUCUCACUCGCUUCUACGUCAACGUCUGGUACACUCUUGCCCUGGCAGCAGCUUCACUCGCUCGUGGUUCGCCUUUUCCCCCCGGAGUUGCAAGCCAAGUUAAUCCUUAAGGCACAACAGCAGCAGCAACAACAACAGCAGCAGCAGCAGGUAUCGAGUGACGGCAAGGCUGGCGGCGACACCAAGGGCAAGAGCAAGAGCCGCGGCGGUGGAGGGUUGUUUCACCUCAAUCUCACCGCCCUCAUUCACACUAUCUUAGGGAACCUGCAGCUGCGUCUCACCAACGUGCAUAUACGCUACGAGGACAGCUCCAGUCUUCCCGGUGGUCAGCGACUGGCGGGUGGCAUCUUGCUGGGCGGCGUGUCCGCCCACACCGUGGACGAGACCGGCCGGGAGGCCUUCAUCACCAACGACGUACUCAACCUGUUGAGGAAGGCGGUGGUUCUUCAGGAGCUGGGUGUAUACUUCGAUAUGGGCUCGCCCUUCCUGGAGGCGCCCCGGGACUGGUCGGCCUUGAUGGCCAGAGAGUGGGACCUGCUCUUCUCGCCAGCAAGACACGCACCCGGCAGUGGUGAUGGUGGCAGUGGUGGUGAUGGUGGCAAUGGUGGUCCGCACUACCGCCACCACUACCUGUUGCUGCCCAUCAGCGGGCAAAUGAACUAUGUGCGCAGGUCCGCAAAGGUUCUCCUGGCUGACACCAGCAGCGCUGGUGGCGGCGGCGGCGGCGGCAGCGGCGGCGGCGGCGGCGGCGGGCGACCCCCUAGGCAGGAGGGUCGGAUCGCGCUGCGUGCGGUAUCGCUGGCACUGAGCCGGGAUCAGUACGUGGGCGCGCGGGCACUGCUGGAGACGCUGGACAGCUACACGGCAAAUGCGCCGUACAGGGUCAUGCGGCCCCAAUGCAGGCCAGCGCCGGGUGCUGCCGCACGUGUCUGGUGGCGUUACGCGUUCCUUGCUGUACGGAAGCAGCUGCGGCUGCAACGCGGCGGCAGCUGCAGCUGGUCUCAGCUCCAGACCGCAUGCCGGUUGCGGAAGAAGUACGUGCCGGCAUAUGCGAGGUGCCUCAUGGCGGCGUCGGCGGCGUCGACAAGUACUGCAGCCAGCGGCCGGAGCGGCGGCGGCGGCGGCGGCGGGAGUUCUCGGUCGCCGGAGCGGCAGCCGCCGGCGUCGGCGAUGGCGUCGGCAGGUGGCCUCGGCGGGGACGCAACGAUUGCAGAAAUGGACGCUCAACUUCCGGAGGGGACCAUUCUACUGUUCAGGCGUAUGGCUCACGCCAUGGCGCAGUCCCAAAGACCUGCGACAACAGGAGGAGGGGUGCAGGGUCAGCCCGCCGUGGCGGCUGGCGCAGCGGCACCAGCCGCCAGCACCAGCACCAGCAGCGGCGGCUGGCAGGAGGAUGCUGACCAGGACGAGGAGGAGGAGGAGGAAGUGGAGCCGGGGGCGACCGGUGGCGGUGGCGGCGACCACCCGUACUGCCUGACGGCUUUGUUGGAGGUGGCGGUGGAGCGGUGCUCCCUGGAGCUGGGGAUGUCGGCAGCGGACGGCGUGCAGCCGCUCAUAUCCGCAUCUAUGCAGGCGGUGGGUCUUCGAGUGCUCCGCUACCCGCAAACGCUAGGCGUCAGUCUACGGGUCGGCUGGGCGGGUCUGGACUCGCCCCAGGGCAUGCUGCUCUGCACCGGGCAACUCCAAAACAACUCCCCUCAACAAGAGCUCGCGUACGGUACGACCCUGCCAGCCAUCAGCGGCGGCGGCAGCGGCAGUGGAGGAGGAGGCGGAGAUAGCGGCCGGCCGCGGAUGUCUGUCAAGGAGCUGAAGGGGGAGGGCAAGGGCGUCUCUGGCGGCAAGGGUGGUAGUGAAUCACGGCCUGGCACGCCGUCCAUGCCGGCGGCGGUGAUUACCGGGUCAUCUGUUGGUGGUGGUGAUGCGGGCGGCGAUGGUAGUGGUGAUGACAGCUACCAGCCUACGUGCGCCUUUAUGCUGGACUUCGUACGGCGGCCCCAGGAUGGCUCCGCAGAUGCCACGUUGUCCGUACGACUGGCCCCCAGCUAUGUGACGUACAACGCAGCGGCAGUGGCGGCGGUGGGUGCAUUCUUCUCCAGCAGCCAACAGAUUGGCCAGCUGGGCAAUCUGCAGGCCCAGGCGGCGGCCCGGGUGCAGCGGCUCCAGCGGCUGGCCCAGGUCAGGUUGCGGGCGCUGUCCCGGGAGCGGCCCAAGAUGGUGCUGAGGGUGGUCAUGCACGCGCCCAAGGUCGCCCUGCCGGAUGACAAGGGCCGCGGGACUCUGCUGCUAGAUCUGGGCUGCUUUUCUCUUAGCUCGUCCACGCCGAAGGCUCAGGGCCUUGUGCCCAGCAGUGACGAGGCCUCCCUGUACGAAUGCUUCAACUUCGGGAUCCAACGUGUCGAGGCGGCGCUGGUAGGCGGACGGUUCGCCUGGCCCGCCACGAGCCCACAGCUGCCAGCGGCGCUGGAGGAGGUGGCGGGAGGGGCCGUCGCCGCCUCCGCCGCCGCAGCCUCCGCUGCCGCCGUUGCCGCCGCGACAUUUGCGCUGCUGGGGCCGCUGCCAGCAGGCCCUGACGCCAGGGAGGAUCGCCGCGGCGGUCGCGGCGCCGGCGGCGGCGGCGGUGGCGGGAGUACGGCGCCGUUGGGCCUGGCGUUUGUGGCUGCGCUAGCAAAGGAGGGGCCGGUGGCGGCAGAUGAACUACCGCCUGAAGGCACUCACGACUCGGGCGAGCCCCCAGCGGCGGCGUCGUCGCGGUCGCCGGCAGCGGCCACGCCACCAGCGCCGGAGCUGUGCUACGAAAGCCACGAUGACGAUGACAGCGACGGCGGCAGCAGCCUUGUGGAGCUUGUACGGCAUAUCGCAGGGAAGGAUGAGACGUCGUCGUCGCCACCCGUUGUGGUGACGCUGCUACCCAGAUUUGGCGCGCAGGCGGAACUGCAGGUGGCGGCGGCUCAAGAUCCACGGCUACCUGCCGUACGACUUCGCGUCGUGGCGUCGCCGCUGCGUGUGGAGUUCAGCCCCUGGCGUUAUCAUCGCCUCAUGGCGGUCAUAGGCAGCUUGACGGCCAGCGGCAGCCACGGCGAUCCUACUGGCGAAGCUGGCGGCUGCUGGAGCUCCAACCGGACACGGUGGGUGGGUGGUGCGGACAAUGCAGUGGCUCUGGUUCCGGAGCAUGUGGCCGUACGGCGGGAGGCAGUGGCGGAGAGUCCUGAGGCGCUGGUGAUGCGGCUGGGGGAUUCGGGGGAAGUGGCGGCGCUGAGGAGGAGCCUGGCCCGCUCCGCGGCGCUGGUCGAGUCCGUAGCAGGGCUCCUCGGGGCAGAAGCGGAAGACGCCGAGUCGGAUUCCGUUGCAGGGCAGGACCUGGCCAAGGCCGGCGGCGGCGCUGGUUCCGGAGCGGGUGGCGGCGGACUGGGCAUCAACCGCGACCUUUUGGACGAGCUUCUGGCCCACCGGGAUGUUUUCGAGUUGACCGGCAGCCUGCCCUCUCUGGAGGUACGACUCAGCGGGAGGCCGCCACGCGCCUGGCGUGCGGUGCGACGGCUGGCGGCGGCGGAGCCGCCGCCGCCGCCAGGAGCGGUUGACAUCAAUGCCGCGGCGGGGGGCACGGGCGAGGUGUUGGGCAGUAUGUAUCAGCCAUCGGAAUCUCAUGCUGGUACGGAUUUGGAAGGGACGCCGCGCCGGCCUGGCGGGUCGGUAUCGUCGCUCAGUGACUUUGCCGGCGGCGCGUCAGCGUCGGCUGCGUCGCCGUCGUUGGCGGCGGCGACUAAGCAGCCGGGUCGGCCUGGCUCUAGCAGCAGCCGCUUUGGCGGCGGCGGCGGCGGCGGCGGGGAAGUUGAGACUGCGUCGGCGGCGCCUCCGCCGCAGCCUCCGCCGCAGCCGCAGCCUGUGAACACCGUGGGGCCGACGUCGUCGCUUCAUGGCUCGCGCGUUGGGCCCGGCAGCGAGACAGAGUCAGACGUGGAGUUCGUGGACGCCGCCGAGUACGAUAACGAUGACGUCGACGGCGGCGGCAGCACGUACGGCGUCGGCGGUGGUGACGAGCACGACGGCGGGGAUCAUGAGGAUCAUGAUCAUCAUCAGCGGCUGCAAGACCUAACGCUGGAGCAGGAAGUGCCGCUGCUGGGGGUAGCGCUGACGUCAGCUGCCGUACGUGUGCAGUACAGUGCAGACCGACUGGCGGUAUCGCUGCGGAUGCAUGGCCUUCGAGUUGAGAACGAGUUGAUGGGUUCAGCGCUCGGGAAACAAUUUGCCGUACUGGCCGUGUCAUCAUCGUUGUGUACUUCCACGUCUGCGACCGAAACGACUGGCGCCGUCGAUGCUGCCGCUGCCAGCGCCGGCGGCGAGGAGAAAGCUGCGACGGAGGGGACCGACGUCGAAUCCUCCUCACCACUGGUGCAGUUGAGCUUUACCAGCAACUCAUCAAAAUCGGACAGAUACAAGGGCCUGGACACGGAGAUCUGUCUCCAGCUGGCUAGCCUGUUCCUCACUUGCCAUCGACCCACCGUGGCCGCCCUCAUGGGCCUAGGAGCCGACAUGGCCUACGCGAAUAGUAGGCUGGCGGAAGAUAAGAACGCGGACGCAGCGGCAGCGGCGGCGGAGCCGCUGCCGCCAGCGCCUUCGGCGGCGGCGGCUCCGGCAGCGGCCGCCGCUGUUGUGCGUUCGGGUGGCGAGGGCCGGACCCUCAUGCGGCUGCGGAUCAGCAUGGCGAGGUUGCAGCUGGUAAUGCCGUACGAGGUGCUACUGCCUGUGCAGUUGCCGACGGCGCCGUCGCCACCGACAAUCGCACAUGCUGUACAGCAGCCACCGCGGCAGCAGGAGCAGCAGGAGGGGUCAGUCAGGGAGCAGGCCGCAGCGGGGGCCAGGAGCGGACCAGGUCCUCGGCUGCUGGCUGUAGCAGAGAUGGAUGCCUUCAGCUUCUGUCUGGAUGUCCGUCCAUCCUCCCUGGAGCUCACCACCUCUUUGGGGAACUUCACGGCACAGUACGGCGCGCUGCCGGCCUCGAGUCCGUACCGUACGAUAUGUACGAUGCGGUCUGGGACGAGUGGCUCAUUAAUCGAAGUAGCGUUCAGGAUGCAUUCAGCCGCCGAGUCGUACUCGCAACCUCGGGUACCCCCAGGACAGCCGUACUCCUCCCUCAGUGCAUCCCUCAGUGCCGUACAAGUCGUAUACAUGGGUCGUUUCCUCAAUGAGCUGCUGUCAUACCUGACGGCUGCUUCCUCCUCGGCUGCGGUCCCCGCUACUGCGGCUGCGGCUGUGGCUGCUACGUCGGGUAGCGCGGGUGCUACUGCGGAUACUGCAGGCACGCCGAUGGUGCUACUGCUUGAUGUGUCGCUGGCAUCGCCCGACAUCUCACUGCCGCAAAACAGCAGCAGUGGCCUAGAGCACCGGGUGGGAAUCGAUCUGGGGACUUUGCGGCUAUCCAACUCGGUGGCGUGGCGUCGCGGCGUUGCAGCAGCGGCGGCGGCGUCGAGGGCGGGUGGCGGAGUGACGACGGCUGGGGUGGACAUUGCGGCGCCUGGGGCAGAGGGCUGGGAAGUCCUGAUGGACGAAAUGAAGAUCCACCUAACAGAUAUGAGCCUCGUGGUUGGCCAUGCCGACGAGGGUGAUGGCGGUCAGGCGUACGCCGGCGGCAGCGGCAAGGGCCAAAAUAUUAUCCGUGACGUCGGCUCCGGCGUCACCGUUUCAUUGCACCGCCCGCUGGCGAUUAAGCCCGUGGGGCCAGCGGCGGCGACGACGGACAUUGAGGGCACCGCCGCGGCGGCGGCGGCGGUGCCGCCGCCGAUGCCGCCUCUGCACGCCGCCGUGACGCUGCCGCAGCUGUCGGCCGUCGUUAGUGAGACGGAGUAUCGGCGGCUACUGGCGGUCCUGAGUGGUAACUUUAGUGAGGUGGCGCAGAACGACCCACGGGUCACGGAGCUCCACCAAAUCCUGCAGCGCCUCGGCGGCGCAUCAUCACCACCGCCGCGACCGCCGCCACCGCCGCCAGCACCUUUGUCACCGCAUCCUCCAUUGACCGUCCCUAGCCCUGUCAAAUCCACCUCAACAGCCGCCGGUGGCGGCGGUGCUGGCGGUGGCGGUGGCGGCAACGGCGUCCUUCGUUCCCCAGUGCUCGAUUUCACUCGCAGCAUACGAUCCGUACUGGCGGCGCUGGGUGACAACUGUACGGUGCAGGCGACGGUCGCGGUCGGCACCGCACGCUUGACGCUGCUGAUGUCGGCGGCGGCCGACGGCGGCGGUGCGCUGGCGCCGCUGACGGCGGUGGACCUGCGCGACUUUUGGCUGGGCUACUACGCCACGGCGCGUGGUGGCAUGUUCCUAAGCGCGACGCUUCCCACAUUCACCAUCGAGGAUCUGCGGCCCGGGGUGUCCCUGGAGCAACGCUUGGUGCUGUCCACCGCCGCUGCAGCUGUUGCCGCCGCCGAUGGCGGCAGCCGCGGCCCCAGUGCGCCAUCGCAGCCGCAGACGCUUUCGCAUUCGGCACCGUCGCCGUCGCUGCUGGCGUUGGAGUACCGUUCCUCGCCGGGCUCUACGGAGGUGCAUGGCGGCAACGGCGCUGGGACGGCGACGGCGUUUCCGGCGGUACAGGCGCUGAAGCUUCGGCUGCAGCGGCCAACGCUGGUGUUGGAUUUUGGUUUGCUGCUACGACUAGUCAACUUCGUGACGCCGAGCCCCGUGCUACAGUAUCCGUCUAUUCAAGGAGUACCUGUCCAUCCCAGGUAUCAGCUUCCAACCUCUGUGGUUCGUCUUUCCCUCCCUAGCCAACCCUGCGACAUGUGGCAGGCUUUGACGUCCAUAUUCCGUAUGUUCGGCCGUUUUCCUUUUCCCUGCCAGGGCGCUACCCCACGGCCGUACGAGACCCGCGACAUCACAGUUCCGCUGCAUAUGCCGUACAGUGCGUACGGCAAUGACCUUUGGCUAAGUCCUGAGGUACGGUUGCUAGCGGACGCGCCCGCCGCCGGUGCCGCGCCGCCGGCCACCGGCUUUCUGCACGUGUACGACGGUGGCGGCGGCCGUCUGGUGCUGCCGCCGGGGCUAUCGCCUGUGGAGUCGCUGCCGCUGAUAGUGGUGGGCGCGAACAGGGCACUUAAGCUCAAGAACGUACGGAUCGUUAACUGCGCGUCCCUGCCUUCCUGCCUCAGCCUUGGUCCUGGAGCGCAGCUGCAAGCCCGGGACGAAGAUGGUGUAAAAUUCAUACUGGCGGAUCCAGAGGUAGAUCGCCAGUACGGCGCCGUAAUGGCAGCGGCGGCGGAGGUCGCCGCGGCCGCGGCGGCGCCGGCAGGCGCUGCCGGCGGCUCCAUUGCUGUAACCGCGCCGCCAGCAGAUUUGGUGCCGGCGACGGUGCCGCCGCCGCCGCCUGUGUUUGAGAUGAGUGUAGAUGCGUUGGGUGUGUCCUUACACCUCAUAGAGGCACCUUCUCGUGGAAUCGGUGCCGUAUUGGACGAGAACGGUGGUGACGGACAGCCGUACGGCAGUAGCGGGUACGGCUCCGCGCUGGAUUUGACGCUGGGCUUGACCUCCGCAACGGCUACGCCGCCGCGGCCGCCAAGGUUGGGCGCUGACGCCGACGCGACAUCGGCACUCGGGGGCGCUAUGGCACAGCGACUGCGGCGGCGGCUUGUACUGCAGUUAGAUGCUUCCGCCAAAGUCACUAUGCAGGGCCAGCGGCAAGAGGCGGCGGCUACCCUGAGGAGCCUCACCAUGCGCACCGUCACUAUCUUCCCAACCGCCGCUGCCGCAACUGCUACAGCUCCUGUCGCCGCCAGCCCGCCGCCGUCAAAAGUCGGCAGUGUAAGCAACCUGGCCGCCGCUGCUGGCUGUGGGAUACGGCCGGCAGCAGCGCCGCCGGAGGCAGCGCCGACAGCGCCCGCCAUGACUAUCGCGACCUCGUUGUUAGAGCCGACAGACAUCGAAAUGCGCUACAGCCUCUCCUCCAGCAACCAGGAUCUCUCUUUGGACGUCGACGCACUGACCCUGCGCCUAUCACCGGCGGCGCUACAUCUCCUACUCCAGCUACAGGAGCUGGUGCUACAGCCGCUGGCGGCGCCGCCACCAGACAAGCCGCUUACGCGCUGCGACCGCUUUGAACGGCUGUGGUCGAGCCACUGGGGCGCUCCCCGGACGGCUACUGCCGGCGCUACGGCCCCUGGCGGCGGCGGCGGCGGCGGCGGUGGCGGUGGCGGUGGCGGUGGCAGGGGGCCUCGUGGACUGGAGCUGGGUGUCGGAGGUGUGGAUAGCUUGGCUGAGGAGCGGGGUGUGACGGUGUGGCGGCCACAGCCGGCGCAUGGCUAUGUGGCGCUCGGAGAUUUGCUGACGGCAGGCACACGCAUGCCCAGCUGCCAAGUGGCCACCCUAGCCAUCAACAGCGGUCUCGUCGCCUUCCCAGUCGCCUUCGAGCCCGUGUGGUUGGGUCCUGAGGCCGAGGAUCUGGCAUUGUGGCGACCCGUGGGUCCGCCGGGUUACGUGGCGCUGGGCUGUGUGGCGGGGCCGCGUGCCGCGCCACCGCCGCUGGCGGCCGUGGGCUGUGUGGCGGCGCGCGCGGUGGUGGAGGCGCGGCUGGGCGAAUGUCUGCUGCUGACGGACCGAGGGAAUUUGUGGGCGGUGCAGAAUGCGGCGGCGAGCUUUGAAGUAUCACCGACGGAGAAGCACUUGCCAGUGGUCCACCUGUACGACCUGCGUAUUCCGCUGGGCGUGCCGCCCGCGGCGCUGACGCCGCUGCCGCAGCUGCUGCCGACGGCGGCGGCGGUGGUGCCGCUGGGUCUUGUACGGGAGGCAUCCCUGCCGCUGGGCUUGGGAGCGGCCAGCGAGCCGCCGCCGCUGUCGCUUCUCUGUCAACAACGCUACCUGCGCAGUCGCAGCGCCCUCAUUCGUCGGGCCCUGAGCCAGGCCUCCCAGCUCCCCUGCGUGGAAUUCACCCGUGUGUGGUGGGACAAGAGCCUGCCUGCGCCCUCAGCAAACCGCCUCAGCAUUUGGAGACCCAAUCCGCCACCGGGCUACGUGUUCCUAGGCGACUGCGCGGCCACCGGCAUCUACGCGCCGCCGCCUUCCGUGGUGGUGCUGAGGGACAGCGACCCCGGGGCGGCACUGAGGGACGGGCGACCGCCUCCUUUGGCUCGGCCCAUCAACUUCAUCCGGGUUUGGGUGGACGAGCACCGAGAGCGGCAGGGCGACCCGGGUGCUCUAGUGCUGUGGCGGCCGGUGCCCCCUGCGGGCUAUGUGCCCCUGGGGCUGCUGGCUGGGCUGGGGUCAGCGCGGGUACCUUCCGUACAGAUCCCCUUACGCUGUGUCCGAGCCGACCUGGUGACCUCGGAGACCCUGUCCCGCUCCGCACCAGACUGGCACCUGCCGGCCUUCCGACACAGAACCCCCCUCAGCGGCUGGCUGACGGACCGCCGUACAGGGACCUUCACAGUUAUGGCGGGGCCGGGGGCGGCCCCUGGGGAUUCCUCUGUCGGUGGAGGUGGAGGAGGUGGUGGUUUCAGUGAGGGUUUUGGCGGUGGCACCGGAUCUCCAGCAGGGAAGAGCUUUGGUCAGGGGCAGCAGGGUCAGGGAGGAGGUGCUACGUUUGACGCGUACCGGAUGAAGCUGGACGCGGAUGACCCGUGGGUCGCUUCGCCAGGAGCUGGUGGUGGUAAUGGUGGUGGCGCUGGAGGUGGUGGUGGUGGCGCUGGAGGUGGUGAUGGUACUGGCACUGCUGGUGCCGGUGUAACCUGGGGGCCCAUACCUGGAGCCGUCAUGGCUGGCAAGGUGACGGGAGCCCCAAGGGCAUACGUGUUUCCCGAUCUCAGUCGUUCGUACGCGUACCUCACCGUCAGCAUAUGGACCCACUCCCCCUCUUUGGGGGUGUGGGAGCCCCUCCUGGAGCCCUGGGCCGUACUGGCACAUUUGGACGACAAUCGUACGGCACGGCCUGUGGCGGGCGUCAGUCCGGGGACUACGAUACGGAUCACGUCCACACAGUCUUCCGUACAAGUCGCCCUGGCCGCCACCGCGCUCAAGUCGUUGCUGGAAGCAUUGCCUGAGUGGACCGGCCUCACCUCGCCAGAAGGGCUGGCAGCAGUACGGCGGCAGCUGGCGUACGGAGAGGCCGCGGCGGGCGGCAGCUUGUACGGCAGUCUGGCGGCUCAGCAGGGCCUUAUGACCAACGCAUUGGGCUGUCCUGUGUCGCUGCUGACCGACCUAGGGGACCGACAGGCGGUUGUGGAGUUGCAGACCGAUGCGGAGGAUGUGCCGGUGUUGCUACAGCCGCCGCCAACGGCCGCGGCCGCAGCCGCAGCCGACAGCCGCGCCGCUGGGCUGGCGCCGCCGCCGGUGCCUGCCGUACGCAUGUUUGUGGAUGCGGUGUCAGCGGGGCCGUUACCUGCGGAGCUGCUCCGCGAAGGGGGCCUUAUGGUGCGAAUAAAGGUUAAGCGACAGGCGCCGAAAGGAGCCGCUGGGCGAGAUGUAGAAGGAGGAUCCUCUGAAGGUCGCAGAGUCGGCACCCCUAUAACUGAUUCUGUUGUUCGUUGGGACGAGCGUUUUCUGUUGAAGCUUCCUGUGGAGCUGAGCGAGCAGCUGCUGUGUCCCGCCCCGGGGGACAAUCAGUUUGCUGGAGUACCGCUGCAGGUAGACGACAGCUGGGAGGGGUUGGGGGCGUCUGACUGGCUGGCCAAUGAGGUGGAUACGCUGAGGAAUACGGCAGCGGCGGCAGCGGCGGCGGCAGCGGCUGCCGGCACGCUGCUGCCGGUGCUCGGCGCAGCCGCCGAAGGUGGCGGCGGCGCUGGCGCCGGCGGCGCCGCCGGUGGAGGUUCGGACGUGAGCGAGACGGUGGAUGUUCCUCUGUUUCCCACACGUGUGGUGGUGGCGGUUCAUAACGGCGAUGGCGGUGGUGUUGGCGGCAGGGCGAAGAGCGGCGGCCGACCCGUGGGUCGUGCGAGGGGUGACGAGGCGCCGGUAAUGCUGCAGCUGCGGCUCAGCUUGGACGUUCAUCAGGUGGAUAGCAGCUGGCAGCCUUUUCUAUCCCGCACUCGCCGUCGCCUGCCCUAUGCCUCUCCCGAUGGCGGACCCGGAGGCGGCAGCGAAGGCCGUACCGGAGGCGCCGUCGCAGCGGCGGCGGCGAUACGCGGCGGCCGCCGCGCCGUACGUCUGUACGGCAGCGACGUAUGGGUGCCGUUCGGCCAGACGGGUGGCAUUAUCAUAUCUGGCCCGGGAGGCGACAUGCUGCAGGCGUCGAGCUGUAUCCCUAUCCGUGCCGGUCCGGGUUUGGUUCUGGAGCGGUCUCCCGGUCCUGGCGGACAGCCCCUGGAGCUCCUUCGCUCUCUUGCCGUACUGGUCAACGGGUCUGGGGUCCCCUUGGAGGUGUCGCUGGUGGCGGGGGAUCCCGAGGUGGCGUCAUGGACGAUGCUGGCGGGGGAGGCAAAACCGCCACCAGCGCUGCCGUCAGCAGCGGCGGCGGCGGCGGCGGCGGGUGGACAUGCUGAAGCCGCUACCGCUGCCGCCCCGCCGCCGUCACCCGUGGAGGAAGACGUGUACGAGAACGAGCGCUACAUUCCGCUGUUUGGUUGGAGCCCCAAUAACCUGCUACCGACGGAGCGGCGGCGCUACAGCCGCCACGGACAGAGCUACACCUCGUUUCCGCUGGUGCCGCUACCACCUGGCUGGGAGUGGGAGGGGCCAUGGCAAGUGGAAAACGCAGGCCACGUGGAUGCCAACGGUUGGUUUUACGCGCUGGACUGGCCGUUGCUGCGUUACCCGCCAACGCCCGAGCAGGCCAGGAGGAAAGUUACGGACAUGGUUCGUCGCCGGCGUUGGCUGCGUCGCCGCCGCUGGGUCGGCGUCGGCAGCGGCGCCGUCAAGGGCGCAGCUGCCGUUGACGGCGGGCCGCCGCGGCGGCUGCUUGGCGUUGUUUCCCCCAGUGACAAAUUGCCAUUGCCGCUUGGCUGGGAGGUAGAAGGCGUCGAGUUGCAAGUACGGCCGGUGGCGGCGACGUCGACGUCGACGUCGACGGCGGCGGCGGGAGGCCUGGGUGACACCGAGGCUCACGAGUCCCACGAAUGGAGCGCCGGGCUGGUGAUGUCGGGGUUGGACGAGGGCGGUGCGCGGUUGCUGUGCUGCAGGCCCAUGUCCGCACUACCCAACCCCGGCUCCGAAAUCACUUCCUCAACCUCCGCAACCACCGGCACGGCCUCGACGUCGGCCUUCGCUGGCUUGGCGCUCAUGCCCGUGGCGGAAGCCGAGGAGGCGGCGACGGCCGCCACCGCCCCAUCCGCUCCGCCGCCGUUGGUAGACCCCCUCCACCCCGCCUGGCUGUCGGUCUCCCUGGAGUGCGAGGCGCUGGUGGCCACGUCAGGCUUCCUGUCGGGUCCAGGAGGGGGACUGGAUACUUUGGUGGAUUGGAGACUGGUGGUACGGCCGCCGCUGACGGUGCACAAUACACUGCCGGUGGCGGGUCGUUACAUCGUGUGGGAACGCGAUGGGCGGGUUGGCGCUCGGGAGCCUCCGCGGGUUCGCCAGUCGGGCAGGGUGGCGGCCGGGGGAGCAGCGCCCGUGUUCUCUGCGGAUAUGAGGAUGCAGGCAAGCCCCCAUGUGUAUCUCUCCUUCGCGCCCGACGGUUGUGAGUAUGGCGAGUCGUCUCCCGUCAUCAUUAGCGACGGCUACAUGCGCAAUGCGGCGGGAGUGGCAGCCGCCCCUCGCCUACCAGAUAGCUUCCGCUGCACCUACUCCCACUCCGCAUCCUUCUCCGCACUGCGCAUCCAACUCAUCCGCGACGUCGACACCUCCGCCGCGUCCGCCGGCUUCCUCGCCGCGUCCGCCGGGGGCGCCGGCGCCAGCCGCCGCGGCGGCGGUGGCGGCGGUCUGUUGUUCUCCCCUGGCGAGGCUGUAGCCCGGGGCUACCCCCUGACCGUGUCUCUCCAUGUGCCGAUAUGGCUGGUGAACGCUACGCAGCUCCCCGUCAGCUGCGGCAUCCUGGAGGUGGAGGCGCCACCCGCGCCGCCGUCGUCGAUGGCAGCGGGCGUAGGCGGAGAGGGAGGAGGUGGAGGUGGAGGUGGAGGAGGAGGGAUACGGCCGGAGCUGUCGGCGGUGUCGUCUGGAGUUGGUGGUUUCGGAGCUACGAAUCAGCCUCCACCGCACGUUCUAAGAAUUAUCGACACAGAGGCCUUCAAGAAUUCCCCGCGUCCCCAGUCGUACGUCUCCGUCCUGCCGCGUUCCCUGGAGCUCCUGUCGUACCCGGCUGGCGUUACCGGCCCGCUGGAGUCAGGUGAUGGCGACGGAGGACUGCAAGUAGCAGUUGUACUGCGGUUGCACGACAGCCGUUGGACGCAACCGAUUUACCUGCCGCGCCCCGGGGAGCAAAUGCAGCCGAGGCCAGGAGCUGGCGGCGUGCCUCUCCCCAGCGACCGGCUGCUCGUACGGGCCUUGUGUACGGAUGGCUGCAUCCAUGAAGUAGCUGUACGGCUGGAGAGCGCCCCCCUGGGACUAGGCCUCGAGUUCGGACUCGGGCUGGGCACCGGACUGGGAGCGGGUCUCGGAGCGGGCUUAACGACGGCUGGUGGCCUUGGCGGCGUGGCGGCAGCAACCCGUGCGUCCGUGGCGGUGGUAGUACGGCUGGAGCAUCAUGUGGUGCUUACCAACACAACGGGCUACCCGCUGCAGCUGCUGCAACCGGAGUUGGCGGCGAGUGCGGAUUUGGGUGGAGGGGCCGGCGGGCGAGGCUUCCGCGGCGGUGCUGGGAUGACCUUCACGGCCGGCGGCGGAGCGGGUCGCGGAUCGGCAUCGGGAACGACAGCGGCGGCGGGGGCCCCGUCGCUAGCCGCUGCGCUCACGAUGUCGCUGCCGCCAGGCAGCCUGGGCGUCCCCCUCCGUUGGGCCGCCGCCGCCGCUUCCCGCCGCCACCUCUGCCUCGCCCUGCCGCUGGCCGGGGAGACCGCCACCUCCGCCACCGCCUACGGCCUCUCACCCAGCAUCAUGUGGAGCGAGCCCCUCAAAAUCGAUAUGCCCGGCGGCCAGGACGCGCAGGUAGCGGUGCCGGUCUAUUGCCUCGGACCCGUGGGUCGUUACCACUCGGCACACGCCUCCGGCCCUGCCGCCGGCGCACUGGCUGCCGUGGCGGCGCUGGCGAACAUGACGCCGCAGCAGCAGCGGCUGUUCGAGCUGCAGCGCGCACACACAGUCGCACGUGCGAUGUUCGCGUCGCUGUGUGGCGGGGGCCCUGGAGGAGGAGGAGGGCUGUUGAGGUUGACUCGCCAUGCGUCAUCUGGCGAGGACGGGGGAGGUGGAGGUGGAGGUGGAGGUGGAGGUGGAGGGGGCGGUGGUGGUGAGGAGCAGCAGCAGCACCAGCAGCAGCAGGGCGGUGAGGCGGCGGCGACAUGGAUGGCGAGAGGGGUCCCUGUGGGCGCGUCACCUCCGGGUCGUCUCCAUCCGCCCUCCCUGGAGCCCAACUUGGUGCGGAUCGUCCGGCCUACGGAGCUGGGCAAUGUGGAAUUCUUGGCCGUCCUGCUCAACGUGCGGCUGGUGAUGCGGGCCCCCGGCUGCUUGGUGCUCCGGCUCGCCUCCCUGGGCGGCCAGCCGCAGCAGCUGCUCCACAACACCAGCCCCCACGACCUCAUGUGGCGACAGGCCUCCCCGCGGGCGGCAUGGGCGAGGUUGCCGGGCUACAGCGCGGCGGCUGUAGCCCGGGGUGUGCUGGGGGAGAGCUGGGGAAGUCCAGUGGAAGUGGAGCUCAGGGAUACGGAGCCGCAGUCCGAAAGCUCGCUGCUGCUGACUACCGACCUCAUGGCUGUUGGGACAGGUGUUUCCGCCGGGGUAGGCGGCUUCCCCGGCCGGGGCGGUAUUGGCGGUGUUGGCGGUGGUGUGGGUGGCGGUCUCCUGGCGGCUGGUGGUGGUGGUGGUGGUGGUGGUGGUGGUCCCCUUGGCGCCGCUGCGGGAGAUCUAGGCCGUCCAGUGCUGCAGGGUAUCUUCAGUGUGGGUCAGAAGCAUCGGGAGGUGAUGGCGCAGGUAGCAGGGGGCUGGGGGGGAAAGGGGGAGGGGGAGGGCGAGGGAAAGCUUACUGCGGGGCGUCUCACCCGGGUGUUGAGGGUGGGGAGGGGGAAAGGCGUGGAUUUCAUGCACCUAUCGCUGCGUCUCCGCAGCGCCCAACUGGACGACCAAGUACCCGGUAGCGCCUACCCCGUGGUACUGCAACCCCUGGAGCAACCGGGAGGGGGGGGUACGAGCGACCCGCUGUUCGUACUGCAAUACUGUUGCCAGUUCCAGUUCCAGUUCCAGUUCCAGUUCCAGUUCCCGGUCUCCGGUUCGGAUCUGCCUAUGGCCAUCGACCUGUUGGUGGUUGAGGACCUGGUUCUCCGGUGCUCCUUCCGCGCUGAUGCGGCCUCCCGCCCCCGGUGGGCGGCUGGGGGGUUUUUGAAGCUGGGACUGGACCUGGCCCAGCUGGAGGACCUGUCGCUUGUGCUGCCGGGCAUUGAGGUCGAGAGGACGCGGCUGCUGAGGUCUGAGCUGCUGAAGAAGGUGUACGACAGGCUGCAGGAGCGAGUUUUCUCCCUGGCGCUGGCGGUACUUCGAUCCGCGGGCCUUAUGGGCGGUCUGUCCAAAGUCCGCAGCCUGCAGGGCGGCGUGUUGGAGGGUGGCAAGCUGAUCGCGAAGGGGUUCCUGCAGGGGGCCACCGGCAUCAUCACAAAGCCGGUGGAGGGAGCGGAGCGAGGCGGCCUCUCGGGCUUCAUUGGGGGCCUUGCCAAGGGUAUUGUCGGCGCCGCCGUCAACCCUGUCAGCGGCGCCCUGGCGGCGGUGAGCAAGGUGACGGAGGGAGCGGACGCGACGCGGCGCAACAUCGCGGGAGUCCUCACCGGCGCGGCGGGUGUACGGCGGGCGGGUGUGGGGCGCAAGCGCCUGCAGCGGGCGUUCACGGGAGACAACGUGCUCCGGCCCUUCAAGCUCCACUCCGCUCUGGGUCAGGCGCUGCUGUACUCUGUGGCAGCAUGGACAGGUCCCUCCAACCCAGCCAGUGGGAAUGACCCACGGGUCGCUGGUGGCGGCGCCGGCGGCAGUGGCCUGCUGGGCCUGGGAGCGGCAGGUCUAGGGCUCGUGGGAGCGGCUUUGCCUGGGUCGGUUCGCGGUGGCGCCGGCGCUCGUCCAGAUCUACGACAGGACCGGUACGAGCAGCAUUGGAUAUUACCUGGGGCAGUGGUGCUGUUAAUCACCGACCGGAGAGUGCUGGCUAUGAGGGCGGCAGAGUUCUGUGCGUUGCAAGAGCGCGCUCUGGCGGGCGAUAUCGCCCACGUCACCGACGUCCCCGUCAGCGAUGCUGUCGUACUGUGGCACCUGCCCUGGCCGGAGAUGCUGUCUGCGGAGCUGGCCUGGUUUGAGCGGCCGGACAGAGCUGCCGCUGAGAGUGCCGGCAGGUCAGCUGCAGAUGGGUUGGUGUUGCACCGGAAGCACAAGUCCGAGGGCGACCGGUUGUAUUACGAGGUGCAUUGCACUCCUGGCAGCGCUAUGGCAGCUGAGAUCCGCAACCGCCUCCAAGAGGAGAGGGGCUGGCGCGACAGCCAGCCACAGCAAAUGCAACUGGCGGCGGCGGCCGCCAUGGCGGCGGCCGCGGCCGCCGCCGCCGCUACCACCACCGCCGCCACCGCCGGCAGCCGCUCCGCGGCGGCGCUUCCCACGUCGUCGGCUGCGGCGGCGUCCAGCGGCUCGGUGAACCAUUACCGGUCGGGGACUGGAGGGCCCGAUGUCGUACUUCCCGACACGACGUUAAGUCAGGACUUCAAGCUGGUGUGGGCGGCCACGGGCAGCCGGGCGUCUGGUGGGCGGUCCAUGUCGAUCUGGCGACCCGUGGGUCCGCCGGGAUACGUGGCGCUGGGCGAUGUGGCUGUCACAGGCCGGGAGCCGCCACCACGACCGGUCCGACUCUACAAGGACUCCCCCGCCCUCGCCGCCGCCGCCGUCAACGCCAGCGGCAGCGGCGACGCACCCGCCUCCGAAGCCCCUCGCCUUGCCCCGCCCGCGGGCUACAGCCUGCUCUUCAGGGACAGCGCCCGGCCGCCCCUUACUCUUUGGCGACCCGAGCCGCCUCAGGGGUAUGUGGAGAUGGGUUGUGUGGCAUGGCCCGAGAUCGAGGAGCCGCCUCUGGGCCUGGUGCGGUGCCUUCGAAAGGACCUGGUGGGUCCAGGUCGGGUGUUCGACUCGCCUGUGUGGGCUGGGGGCAGUGGGGACAACCCCUACUGGAAGGUGAGUAUGUGGCCGGUGGACUGCCCGGCGGGGACGUUUGUGGCGGUGCCGUUCGAGGUGUCGAAGAAACCGACACGGGUCUUUGAGGCGGUGUUCUGA